UGAUGGUUGCUCCCCUCACUUCCCUCAGGGCUCGACAUCUCAAGUCAGCUUUCCCCCCAGGUACCUAUGAUUGAACCCCGUCAUACGAGACGGGACGCAAAUCACCUGAGUUUGGCUCCAUGCAGAAACCCGUUUCGAGCCGACAAUCGGAUCUAGCUGGCGGGAAAUAAUGCGGGUAAAGCUGGGCUCCGACGUGGGGGUCUACUUGCCAACACCAUGUCGUAAGUAGAUGGGGGAGGUUUGAGAUCACCAUAUAUUCCAUCACGGUGGUGACUUGAAUAAGGAUAUGAAGGAUUAUCAGGAGGUAAAAAAAUCGCAAGUUUUUCGGUGAAAUCUGUCAAGACAAUCACCACAAUGCCUACUAUCCUGGAAAAGCUCUUCUCUUUGGAAGGCCGCACCGCCGUAGUGACGGGAGGUACAAGGGGCAUUGGCCAAGCCAUGGCAGUGUCCCUUGCGGAGGCGGGUUCAGACAUCAUCCUCAUCCAAAGAGACGAAAGCAACAAUGAAACGAAAUCACAAGUAGAGGCAUUGGGUAGGCAAGCCAUCAUCUACACAGCAGACCUCUCGAAUCAGGAAGAAGUAGAGAACUUGUCUAAGCGCAUCUUAGCCGAUGGCUACGACGUCAGCAUUUUAGUCACCUGUGCCGGCAUUCAACGCAGGCAUCCCGCGCACAAGUUCCCCAUGGGCGACUGGGACGAGGUCCUGCAAGUCAACCUCAAGACAGUCUGGACCCUCUGCCGAGACUUCGGCGCUUCCAUGCUCACACGCAACCCGAACGCGGUAAACGGCCACCGCGGUAGCAUUGUCAACGUAGCGUCGCUCGUCAGUUUCCAAGGUGGCAUCACGGUGCCCGCGUAUGCAGCGGCUAAGGGCGGGAUAGCGCAGCUGACCAAGGCGCUGAGCAACGAGUGGGCAAGCCAGGGUGUCAAUGUCAACGCCAUUGCGCCUGGAUAUGUUGCAACGGACAUGAAUGAGGCGCUGAUCAACAACCCGGAAAGGGCGACAAGUAUUCUGGCCAGGAUCCCCGCGGGGAGAUGGGGCACCCCGGAUGAUUUCAAGGGUGCCACGGUGUUUCUUGCGGGGGCGGGGAGUUUGUACGUUUCGGGAGAGCUGCUUACCGUAGAUGGGGGCUGGAUGGGCCGAUGAUACUGCGUGUAUGUACUUGGUCAAGUAGAGAUGUGAGAAUACCUAAGACCAUCUGACCUAGAAUGGGAUCAAUGUGAUCUGCAGACUAAAAUACUGCCCAUGGGAUAAUCCCAAGUAAGCUGAAGAGUG